UAUCAGAAUUCCAAGAACUGGAUUAACUAGAAGACGGAAUGUUAUAAUGUGCUGCUAAUAGCUUUUCAUGGUGUCUUUGGUAGAAUAGAAAUGGGUUCCUGGAUGAAGAAACCUUUUCAGCUGAAGCACUCAAGCUUUGUUUUCCCGUUGGGAGGACCUGCAUGACAACCUCAGAGGACACUGCUGCCAGGUAGGAGACACUCACAGAAAAAAGAGGUGCUUUCACCACAGAUGCCAGCAUUCUCCAAGGAUUAAUCUCUUCAUCCUUAAGUUACACCAGCUCCUGUUAAUAUCAUGGGACCUGACGGUGGUUUCCUAAGCAGUGGACAACUUCAUGUGAUUGUGUGGGGAAGUUUGGCAGCUGUGACAACACUCUUAUUCCUUACUUUCCUUAUCUUUCUGUGCUCCAGCUGUGACAGGGAAAAGAGACCAAAACAUCAGAAUGGGGACCAUGAAAAUCUGAUGAAUGUGCCUUCAGAUAAGGAGAUGUUCAGCCAUUCCAUCACAAGUCUGGCUAUAGAUCCUCUUGUCAGCAGUGACCAGAAUGGGAGACUGAGUAAUGGGGAUGUUCUCUCAGAAGACAGCACAACUGCCUGUAUCCAGCCUUAUGAAGAAGUACAAACGUCUGUUUCUGAUCUGUUAGACCAUCAGGACGCUCUGGGAAAGUCAAUAAAAUGUCACCAGAGCCGGGAGCUUCCCAGAAUUCCUCCUAAUGAUGCCAUGGAAACCAUCCUCUCCCCAAGAAAUAUUGAAAAUGAUCAGGGUCUUGGAAUGGAAGGGCCUUAUGAGGUCUUGAAAGAUAGCGCCUCCCAAGAAAACAUCGUUGAAGACUGUUUGUAUGAAACUGUAAAGGAAAUUAAGGAUGUAGGAGUAGCAGCCAACACUGAGAGAAGCUGUGGCAGCAAACCAAAGUCUACACUGACAGUUGCCGAAGGUCUGGACCAGAUUCCUGAGUGCAGGACUGAAUCGGCAGAAUAUGCCUCCGUUGACCGAAAUAAAAAAAGUCGGCAAAGUACUAAUUCAGAGAGUCCUCUUGGCAACACUCCAGACAUGGAAGAUGAGGCUCCACCUCCUGUACCUCUGAAAUUUCUUGAUGAAAAUGAGAAUGUUCAGGAAAAGAGAGCAGAGGAGGAAGAAGUGACUGAGGGGGCCGGUGAACCUGAUAAGAGGCUUAGUUCACUGUCUUACAAGUCUCGAGAGGAAGACCCGUCUCUGACAGAAGAUGAUAUUUCAGCUAUGUACUCUUCUGUGAGUAAACCAGGACAGGCCAUCAGAACGCUGGAUUCUACUUUCACUAGUAUUCAAGAAGUUGUACCUCAAAGGUCCCCAUCUAUUUGCAGUGGCCUCUAUGCUAGCGUAAAGGACUUGGAAAACACCUCAGACAUUACCACUGUGCCUCAGUCAGCAGAUAGGCCAAAUGGGGAGUCAGAACCAGACUACGAAGUUGUCCAGUCAGCAAGCCAAGAGGAAGACAAGACCUUAUCAGUGCCUAACACCAGCCAAGCUGUUCUGCAAGGAGAGAAUGACUAUGAAAGUAUAGGGGACUUGCAACAAAGCUCUAGGGAUACCACCAGACUUUAAUUGCCCUGGCCACAAGAUUAUGGCAGGUAUUAUCAACAGGUAUUUUCAACAGAUUCAUGUGAAACAAAAACAGGAAUAUUUUUCCUUUUGAACAACAG